GAAUGGGACAACAAAGAUUUGAUGAUUUCAGUUGCAGUGGUGGUGGCGUUCUUCAUCUGUUGGGCACCGUUCCACGCCCAGAGACUGUUGGCUGUUUACGCGCAGAGUGCGCGCAACGCUAAACCGGAAGACGCGUUAGUGAUAGUCUACACUAUCCUCACGUACAUGUCCGGCGUGUUUUAUUACCUAUCCACGACGGUGAAUCCACUGCUCUACAACAUCAUGUCCAACAAAUUUAGGGAGGCUUUCAAGAUGUGCGUUGAACAAACUGAAGUUAACUUUCAGUCGAUGCUGUCGAAUCACUGCGGCCGGAAGUGGUCCUCCCGGAAGUCAGUGCCAAGACAACCGACCUACAGUAGCCUCUCGCGGUACGCGAGGUCCACACUCAGGCAGGCGGAUAAUCGUCAAAAUUCGCCGUCAAUUUCCGUCAGCGAAGACAACCAAAAGCUGAGGAUGACCAACACCACCGAGCUGAACGGAUCGAACGAUCGAAAGGAGAACGAGAAGGAUCGGUCUGACUCGACGACGGUGAACAAGACGAGCCAUCGUGAAUUUGCACGAAGCAUGUCGAGAGGCUCGAACUCGAGUCAGUUCACGCUGAUGUCGUCCGUCAGCAAGAGUUUCAACGAAGGGAACAACAACGUGAUGACCGCGACUUACGUGAACGUUCAAAAACCAGCGAGGACUGCCACGCUCGAGAUACUUGCCGAGAGAUUGAGACUGGGCACCAAAGAGCUAUUCUCGUCGCAACAGAAGACAGCAGUUCGUGCAACUUCGAAACCGGAAACGACGACGGUCUUGCCAGCCCGGUUCCAAAGCCAUCCGAGUAUCGACAGUGCAAACACUAUCAGUAACUCCAGUUUGCAGGACUACGAUGAAACGGAGUUCAGCGGCAUGGAACUGGCACGGUACAUGGGUGAACUGAACUGUGACUUGAUCGCUUAA